UCUUCAAAGCUAUCCACAUUAUUUUUCCGUGGAUCAAAAAUAAAAUUGACCAAUCAUCAUGAAAUCUGUGGCUAAUUUUUUGGUUAUCUGUGCAGUUUUUGCUUCAGUUUUGGGACGUCCUGGAACUUUGACAGAGGAUGUGGUAAUGUUUAAGGAUGAAUGCAUGAGGGAGACUAAUAUAUCGUCUGAUUUGCUGAGAAAUUUUACUGAAGGAGACUAUUCAGUUGAAAGACAAAUUGGCUGCUAUUCUGAUUGUCUGUCCAUCAAAUUGGGAUUCCUGCAAGAUGAUCGUACAUUGAACACUAAUGGUGUUAUUGAAAUGCUUUCAACCGAAAUUCCCAGGGAGGCAGUGGAUGAGUUUGUGAAAAAGUGUGCUGGAAAAAUUGGGAAAAAUCAGUGCGAAAUUACCCUAAACUGGAUAAAGUGCGAUGCAUCCGUUGCUAAGAAGAUUUUCCAAUAAUUCGUUCAUAAAUAAUGAGAUGCUUGUGUUAUACUCUUAUACUCUGGGGA